UCUCUCGAGGCUGGUUCGGGAGUAGCGCCGCGGCCAGAGCAGCUGCUGUCGCCGCCACUAGCCGGGCAUAGCCAUGGCGUCCCCAGCCAUCGGGCAGCGCCCGUACUCUCUGCUCUUAGACUCCGAACCGCCGCGCUAUCUGCAGAGCUUGGGCAGCCCCGAGCCGCAGCCGCGGCCGCCGCCACCCUCUGGCCGGUCCUCGCGCCGCUGCGCAGCCGCUCCCCUCUCCUCUGCGCCUGGGGCGCACGAGGGGCGCGGCGCCCGGAGGGCUGCCCCAGGGGACCUGGAGCCGCAAGCCCGGGCCUCUCGACACCCUCGCCCUCUCCGGCCUGGUCUGCAGCAGAGACUGCGGCGGCGGCCUGGGGCGCCCCGACCCCGCGAUGUGCGGAGCAUCUUCGAGCAGCCACAGGAUCCCCGCGUCCCGGCAGAGAGAGGAGAGGGGCACUGCUUCGCUGAAUUAGCGCUGCGGAGCGGCCCCGGUUGGUGUGACCUAUGCGGACGAGAGGUGCUGCGGCAGGCUCUGCGCUGCGCUAACUGUAAGUUCACCUGCCACCCUGAGUGCCGCAACCUGAUCCAGCUGGACUGCAGUCAGCAGGAAGGCCCAGCCCAGGACAGACCUUCUCCGGAGAGUACCCUCACCCCCAUCUUCCACCAGAAUGUCUGUAAACCUGCGGAGGAGACGCAGCAGCUGCCUACACUGCAGGAGAUCAAGCAGAAGAUUGACAGCUACAACACUCGGGAGAAGAACUGCCUGGGCAUGAAGCUGAGUGAAGACGGCACCUACACAGGUUUCAUCAAAGUGCAUCUAAAACUACGGCGGCCAGUGACAGUACCAGCCGGGAUCCGGCCCCAGUCCAUCUAUGACGCCAUCAAGGAAGUGAACCUGGCAGCCACCACAGACAAGCGGACAUCUUUCUACCUGCCACUCGAUGCCAUCAAGCAGCUGCACAUCAGUAGCACCACCACAGUCAGCGAGGUCAUCCAGGGGCUACUCAAGAAGUUCAUGGUGGUGGACAAUCCCCAGAAGUUUGCACUUUUUAAGCGGAUACACAAGGAUGGGCAAGUGCUCUUCCAGAAACUCUCCGUGGCUGACUGCCCCCUCCACCUGCGCUUACUUGCUGGUCCUGACACUGAUGUUCUCAGCUUUGUGCUAAAAGAGAAUGAAACUGGAGAGGUGGAGUGGGAUGCCUUCUCCAUCCCCGAGCUCCAGAACUUCCUAACAAUACUGGAAAAAGAGGAGCAAGACAAAAUCCAGCAAGUGCAGAAGAAGUAUGACAAGUUUAGGCAGAAACUGGAGAAGGCCUUAAGAGAAUCCCAGGGCAAACCUGGGUAACCGGUCCUGCUUCCUCUCCUCCUAACACCCUCGGAUUUAUUUUUAUUAUUAAUUAUUAUUUUGCAACGGACACUUUUUCUCAGGGUGCCUCUGGCGGGUGUGUGUGCACUUGGCCCGCAGCUCCGUGGCACCAGUUCUCUCCGGUGGACACCUGUGUGUGCGGGGCUCAUUCCUGCCCUGCUGCACCCUCUCUGAUUCCACCAAGGGAUCAGUGCUCCUGUAAAAAGAAAAACCGUCGUCCUCUCUCAGUCUGCAAGCCUUUCACAAACCAAAUAAUUGCCUCUCUCGU